AAGAAAUGCAACCACCCAUUUCGUUGAGGCAGCCUCCCGAGUUCCAUUUCGCCAAACCCUAGCUUGGCGGGAUUUUACCCCCAUUUUUCUCCUUGAGCUUAGGGUUUUUCUUAAGUAUUCUUCUCUUCUCUUUAAUUGUUCUUCGUUCGUCUUCGUUCGUCGGCGAAUUAGAUCUAGUCUCCCAUGAAUUCAUUCGGCGGAGCUCGCAAGAGAAGUAGGCCUUACGGUGCCAUUGGAAAUGGCGGAGUUCGUGGCUUAAAGAGAUCCAAAGAAAGCGACUCAAGUCAACCUGGUUUAGGAAGCAAAUCGAAGCCAUGCACCAAGUUUUUCAGCACUGCUGGAUGCCCUUUUGGGGAGGGUUGUCACUUUCUGCACUUUGUACCUGGGGGAUAUAAUGCUGUAGCGCAGAUGUCCAGCUUGGGGAACCCUUCUUUUACCGCUGCUUCAAGGAAUCCUGUUGGAACACUCCCAAUAUCUGAUGGUCCUCCAACUCCAGCUGCAAAGACUCGCUUAUGCAAUAAGUUUAAUACUCCAGAAGGUUGCAAAUUUGGAGAGAAAUGCCACUUUGCCCAUGGUGAGAGAGAACUUGGCCGGCCCUUUUUUUCUGGUCAUGAAGCCCCAAUUGCUCCACCAAUGGGUGGGAGACUUGGGGGGCGGUUUGAACCUCCUCCACCCCCUGGUCUUGGUCCAGCAGCCAGCUUUGGCGCUUCUGCAACUGCAAAGAUAAGUGUUGAUGCUUCAUUGGCUGGCGCCAUAAUUGGGAAAGGUGGGGUGAACACUAAGCAGGUCUGCCGUCUGACCGGUGCCAAGCUUUCCAUUCGUGACCACGAGAGCGAUACAAAUCUGAGGAACAUUGAAUUGGAAGGAACUUUUGAUCAGAUAAAGCAGGCGACGGCUAUGGUACGGGAGCUGAUUGAAUGUAGAUUUUCUAUGCAUGCUUUCUUUUUUUGGAUUUGGUUUGAGAGGCGUUUUUCAGCCAAUCGGCCAAUGCAGUUUAGCUUCAUGCAGGCAUUUUCCGUUGCUUGUUCAGUGCUUAGUAGUUUGGUCCACGUAGAUUGUCCUGUGUAUAUUCAGUUUGGUUUGCAAUGCUUAUUGAUUGUUUUUAAGUUGCGGGCUCUAUCGGUUGAUGUUUAA